CGCCCACCCAUGGUCGUGCUGGCCCCACGAGGGCCAGGAGGCAGGCUCUGUUCUACUGGCACCAAAGGGACCGGAUGAGGCCCAAAUGUCCCCAAAAGACCUGACCUGUAGGAUUUGCCCACAACGCAAGGCCCCUGCCCAGAGGCCAGGACGGGACUAGUCAGGUCAGCGGCCAGAGAGCAGAGACUGGGCAUGUGUGUGUCAUGUAUACAUGAACCAUGAGCACAUAUGUAGUGUGGUGUGCAUGCCACGUGAAAUGUGUGUGCUGUGUCGUCAUGUGUGUCUGCGGCUGCCAUCCAGCAGGACCCUCGCCACCAGACAUAGACCAAGAUCGUCAGCCAGACUUGAGACCGCCAGGAGUGCCCAGCCUGGCCAGGGGAGGAUCUGGGUGGUGAAGGGUCUGCUGUGCACCUGGGCCCUGAGCCUGGUGUCCAGGGCCUGGACCCUUGCUCAGAAGCAGUGCCAGCCAGGCUGCAUGGACACCUGGGCCUGCAGCUGGUGCCCAUUUGGUUACCACCUCCAUCCGAUUCCACCUGUGUCCUGCCACCCCCCUCCCCCCAUGCCCUUCCGUCCCGCCCGUCCCUCAUUUGCGUGCCCCUGCAGCACCCCUGCUGGCAGCCUCAUGAGCGAGUUCCCAGGUGUACCACGUGUAGGGCCUGCAGGAAGGCCCAGACCCUUCGUCCGGGCUGCUGCCCCUGCUGGGGCCACACCUGCAGAACGGCACCUCAGCAGCCGGAGGGUCCAACCCUGCGACUGACACAUGUCCUGGGGUCCCACCUCCCCUUCAGGGGUGGGGUGUGGGACACAGGCAGGUCAUGGUCCGUGGCCUCAGCUCCUGCCGUCUGGCCAGGUGUGGCUCAGUUAUGCAGCUGGUGCUGGAAGCUGGCCAGGUGGGAGUGUUCGUGGUGACUAAACAAAUCCUCACCCCUCCCUGCCCACACGCCUUACCUACACACGCUGGUGCCCGCUGCGGCCCACCACUGCCCACCAUGCGCCUUCUCCUCGGCCUCGCGGCUCUUCUGGGCCCUGGGGCGGUGGCCCCACUGUGCCUGUCACGGCAGCUCAGUGCCAGAGGUGACUAUGUGCUGGGCGGGCUCUUUCCCCUGGGCACAGCUGCAGACACGGGGUUGGGGGUCAGGACCCAGCCCCAGGGCGUCCAGUGCACCAGGUUCUCCGCCCUGGGCCUACUCUGGGCGCUGGCCAUGAAGAUGGCUGUGGAGGAGAUCAACAACAACUCAGCCCUGCUUCCCGGACUCCGCCUUGGCUACGACCUCCUGGACACCUGCUCAGAGCCCCUGGUUGCCAUGAGGCCCAGCCUCAAGUUCCUGGCUGGGGCAGGCAGCUGCCGUGUGGCCGCCCACUGUGAGUACACACGCUACCGGCCCCGUGUGCUGGCCGUCAUCGGCCCUCACUCAUCAGAGCUGGCCCUCAUCACCGGCAAGUUCUUCAGCUUCUUCCUCAUGCCCCAGGUCAGCUACGGCGCCAGCACUGACCGGCUGAGCCAGCGCGAGUCCUUCCCAUCCUUCUUCCGCACGGUGCCGAGUGACCGCGAACAGGCAGCGGCUAUGGUGGCUCUGCUGCGGGCACUGCACUGGAACUGGGUGGCCGCCCUGGGCAGUGAUGACGAGUACGGCCGGCAAGGCCUGAGCCUCUUCUCCAGCCUGGCCAGCACACAGGGCAUCUGUGUGGCCCACGAGGGCCUGGUGCCACUGCCCGGCCUGGCCGGCGCCCCGCGGCUGGGGCCCGUACAGGACCUGCUCCGCCGUGUGAACCAGAGCCGUGUGCAGGUGGUGGUGCUCUUCGCCUCGCCCCGUGCCGCCCGCGCCCUCUUUGCCCACAGCAUGCAGCAGAAGCUCUCGCCCAAGGUGUGGGUGGCCAGCGAGGCCUGGCUUACCUCGGACCAGGUCAUGUCGCUCCCCAACAUGGCCCAGGCGGGCACGGUGCUCGGCUUUCUGCAGCGGGGGGCGACCCUGCCCGGGUUCCCCGCCUACGUGCGGAAGUGCCUGGCCCUGGCCGCUGACCCCGCCUUCUGCUCCGCACUGGAGGCCGAGCAGUCGGGGCAGGACGAGCAUGUCCUGGGGCCUCGCUGUCCCCAGUGUGACCACAUCUCCCUGGACGACGUGCCUGGGGGCCUGGCGCCCCACCAGGCCUUUGCUGCCUAUGCAGCUGUGUACGGCGUGGCCCAGGCACUCCACAACGCUUUAUCCUGCGGCCCCUAUGGCUGCCUCCAGGGGCUUCUGCGGCCGUGGCAGCUCCUGGAGAACCUGUACAACGUGAGCUUCCGUGCACACGGCCUGGAGCUGAGCUUCGAUGCGCAGGGGAAUGUGGCCAUGGAGUACGACCUGAAGCUGUGGGUGUGGGGAGCCCAGAGGCCCGAGCUGCGCACCGUGGGUCACUUCGACGGACGCCUGCGGCUGCGGCGCAACCAGAUGCGCUGGCAUACGCCUGGGAACCAGGAACCCGUGUCCCAGUGCUCGCCGCAGUGCGAGGAGGGCCAGGUACGCCGUGUGAAAGGUUUCCACUCCUGCUGCUACGACUGCGUGGACUGUCCAGCUGGCAGCUACCAGCACAGCCCCGGUGACACCUCCUGCAGCCGCUGUGCCGCUGACCAGUGGUCCCCUGCACGAAGCCCGCGCUGCUUCCCCCGCACGCCCAGGGUCCUGGCCUGGGGGGAGCCUGUGGUGCUGGUGCUGCUGGCCCUGCUGGGCCUGACACUGGGCCUGGUGCUGGGGGCCCUGGGGCUCUUCCUGUGGCACCGACACAGUCCACUGGUGCUAGCCUCAGGCGGACCUCGAGCUUGCUUCGGUCUGUCCUGCCUGGGCCUCGGCUGCCUCGCUGUCCUCCUGCUCCCGGGCCGGCCCAGCCCCGCCAGCUGCCUGGCCCAGCAGCCAUUGCUGCAGCUCCCGCUCACCGGCUGCCUGAGCACACUCUUCCUGCAGGCCGCCCAGAUCUUCGCCGGGUCGGCGCUGCCACCGGGCUGGGCAGGGCCGCUGCGGGGCUGCCUGCAGCGAGCCCGGGCCUGGCUGGCAGUGCUGCUGGCGCUGCUGGUGCAGGUGGCACUGUGUGCCUGGUCGCUGGUGGCCUUCCCGCCACAGGUGGUGGCCGACGGGCAGGCGCUGCCCUCGGAGACGCUGCUACAGUGCCGCCGGCACUCGUGGCUGGGCUUCGGCCUGGUGCACGCGCCCAGCACCGUGCUGGCCGCCCUCUGCUUCCUGGGCACCUUCCUGGUGAGGAGCCGGCCCGACAGCCACACCGGGCCGCGCGGCCUCACCUUCGCGGCACUGGCCUACCUGCUUACCUGGGCCUCCUACGUGCCCCUCUCUGCCAACGUGCACGUGGCCUACCAGCCGGCCGUGCAGAUGGGCGCCGCCCUCCUCUCGGCCCUGGGCAUCCUGGCCACCUUCCACCUGCCCGUGUGCUACAUGCUGCUCCGGCAGCCGCACUGCAACACCCCCGCCCUGUUCCCGGGGGAGGGGCCGUGCCAGGAGGGUGGGGCAGCUGGGCAGGCCCAGCACCCGCAGCCCUGAGCCUUGCUCUGUGGAGGCCCGAGGCUGGCUGCUGGCCUGGCCCUCACUGACGCCUCAGCCACAGGCCCCUGGACCCCCAGCUGUCCCUGCCUACAC